GAGAGCUGAUUGGAGUUGAAUAUUUCCAUUUCCUUGGUUCAGUUGGGCUCUAAUAAUACUCUGGCCUGUUAGGUUCUGGUUAAUUAGUUUGCCCUGAGGACAGGCCUUGUUAAGAAUGCAGUGUUCUAGAGUAUUUCAAAAUGAUUCCCUUCCCCUCUCCCUGUAGGGAGCACAAUGGGAUUUUUCUCUGAUAUUACAGGGAGAACCUGGAUAAUCUGGAGAUGAAUCUCACAAAAUUGUGGUGGCUCCCCUGUGACUGGGGAGUUUUUAAGUCUCAGAGUUCCUUACACUGACCCUGAAGGAAUUACCCAAUUAUAGUUCAGGUUUUCCUACUCUGGCCUGGAUUCCUGUUGCAGUUUCCACUUGUGAAUCUCUGCUUUGGUUUAUGUUGGAGACAUUGUGGGUUUGGUUCCGGAGCACUGCAAUAAAGCAGAUGAUACAUGAUUUGUCUGCAAGUUUUUUCAUAUGGCAAGUCUCCAUAAAGUUUUCCAAUGUAUUUAUUAAAAAAUCUGCAUACAAAUGGACCCACAUUGUUCAAACCAGUGUUGAUCAAAGGUCAACCUUGAUAGUUCAACAUCAGUGGACAUAGCAGUGAAGAUAUUGAGAACUGUUGGGGUCUCCUUUAGAGGAACAGGACCUGAGAAAAUACAAACUCAUUCUGCUUGAUACCUCUGUUCACGCCAGAAAUCUCCACAUGAAUGUUUAUAGCAGCUUUAUUCCUAAUUGCCAAAAACAGGAAGCAAGCAAGAUGUCCACUGAAAGGGAAAACAGUUCCAAGCGGACCCUGACCCUUCAAGUAUGAAGAGGCAUGAUUUCUGGUCCCAGCUUUAGCACUUCCUAACCAUGAGAUUUGGGUCAUAAGUGAUUCCAUCUGAUAUACAUAGGAGAGAAAGUGACUGAAGAUCUCAGAUGGCAACUAUAUGAUUGAAACUAUUCAAAGUCAAACAGCUGCAUAUUCUUUCAACUAUAUCCGAGCAUACUCAGGAUAUCAAGUGUGAUUGAACUCAACGUCUGUUUGGCUGAUCAUCAUGAAUCGUGCUUUUAGCAGAAAGAAAGACAAAACAUGGAUGCAUACGCCUGAAGCUUUAUCAAAACAUUACAUUCCCUAUAAUGCAAAGUUUCUUGGCAGUACAGAAGUGGAGCAGCCUAAAGGAACAGAAGUUGUAAGAGAUGCUGUGAGGAAACUAAAGUUUGCAAGACAUAUCAAGAAGUCUGAAGGCCAGAAAAUUCCUAAAGUUGAGCUGCAAAUAUCAAUAUAUGGAGUAAAGAUUCUAGAACCUAAAACAAAGGAAGUCCAACACAAUUGCCAGCUUCAUAGAAUAUCAUUUUGUGCUGAUGAUAAAACUGACAAGAGGAUAUUCACUUUCAUAUGCAAAGAUUCUGAGUCAAAUAAACAUUUGUGCUAUGUAUUUGACAGCGAAAAGUGUGCUGAAGAAAUAACUUUAACAAUUGGCCAAGCAUUUGACCUGGCAUACAGGAAAUUUCUAGAAUCUGGAGGGAAAGAUGUCGAAACAAGAAAACAGAUCGCAGGAUUACAGAAAAGAAACUUAGUGUUCUCAUGUGACUUUGCUUCACUUCCUGAUGCUUCUCAUGGGGAUCAGAGCAGCAGAAGCAGCAGAUGCUGGAUUCAAGACUUAGAAACCGAAAACAUGGAACUUAAAAACAGAGUGCAAGAUUUGGAAAGCCAAUUAAGAAUAACCCAAGUAUCAACAUCUCCACUGCUGCACCAAGUGUCUGAUCAUGAGCAACAUGGGUUUCAGAGAUGCUCAUCCUCUUUCUGGCGUAGUAGUGAUGAUGAUUCAUCUUCCUGUCUAAAUAUUUCUUCCAUUACUGUCACUCCUGUCAACUCGCCUGAUUCCAGACUGUCAUUGGGACUGUUAAUACCACCACCUUCUAAAUGUGGCCUUCCCAAGCCAAUCAGUGAGAGCAGCAUCCCAAGACCUCAUGCAGGCAGUGUGACACCUAAGUCACCCUCCACUGACAUCUUCGAUAUGAUACCAUUUUCUCCAAUAUCACACCCAUCUUCAACACCUACCCGCAAUGGCACACAGCCACCUCCAAUACCUAGUAGAUCUACUGAGAUUAAACGGGACCUGUUUGGAGCAGAACCUUUUGACCCAUUUAACUGUGGAGCAGGGGAUUUCCCUCCAGAUAUUCAAUCAAAAUUAGAUGAGAUGCAGGAGGGGUUCAAAAUGGGACUAACUCUUGAAGGCACAGUAUUUUGUCUCGACCCAUUAGACAGCAGGUGCUGAUGUCAAGAACAAGAGAUCCAGAUUUGUGUUUAAUUUGUUUUCUAUACAUAUGCAUCAUUCAUUAUUAUUUUAUGAAAGGUAGUAUUCAUGUGCCAAUAUAUUUUUGAAAAUCUUAACUUUUUGAAAAUUAUUUUAGUAAAAUGUUCAUUAUUGAUCUAUAACAUUUAUUUCAAAAACAACUAAUUGUAAAGUAAAUCAUACGUUUAUGUUCCUUUCUGUUUCUCUUGUAGAUGAAUUUAUAAUCAAAAAACAGAUUACCCAAAUAUCUGUCUUGUGUCUGAGUUCUAAAUAAUUAGCAUCUUGAAAUUUGUGUUCCUUCUCCAGGCUGCUAGUUUAUUAUUGAUUCCCAAAAGCCAUACUUUAAUGAUACCUUUCAAAGUCUUGACAAGAUAUACCAAUGCCAAGCUAAAUAUGUUCUAUAUUCAAACCAAUAAACAUGUUACCAUCCAUUAGACAGAUGUUAUUUUAUGGAUUAAAUGUUGUUCAUGUCAUUGCAAAAUGUAAACUUUGAAUAUAAUGCCACGAGGUCAUUUGUAGCAAGUAAAAUAGCAAAAAUAUAAUUUCCAAUAAUAAUUAAACCAAAUAGAGUAUUUGUUAGCAAAAACAAAGUAAUAGUGUUAUCUAUUAUUAUCAGUUAUACUCUAAGUCUUUUAUUUAUUUCAUAAAUAAAGAUUAUGGGAAAAAAUGAAAAUUUGCUCUUCGCAAAACACUUAAUAUUUAAUUUCUAAUGAGAUAAGAUAGACACCUAUCUAAUGAGAUAAGGAUUUACAUUGCUAAGCAUCUCAACAUCAUCUGAGCUAAUAUUUCCUUAAAAAAUAUUUGGAAUUUAGGCUGUCUAUGGUUGCAAUGUCUAUUACCCAUAUAUACUUUACCAACUAUAUUUUUUCUCACUGAAUAAUAUUAUUCUUCUCAUAUUUUCUCCUUCUCAUAGAUAUUUUCUCACCAAAUUUUAUUUUGUGAUGGCCCAUUAGUUUUGAUAUUUGAAAUCUAUGACAACUAUUCUUUAUGAAUCAUCAAUAUUAUUUAGCAAAUUUAAUUUGUAUUUGUUUUUGUUGAAGUCAGAAUCUCAUUUUUCACAAAAACCAAGUGGCUUCUCAGUUUGGUUCAACAUAAACAAUAAAAUUUUCUUGUACUUAAUUCAUAAUGUGUUGAUAAGCUCUGACCCUUAAAAAUGUUUGUUUCCUAUGCAUUUGCCCAUUAUGUAACAACCUUUAAUUUGUACUCAGUGCAAGAAAAAUCUAUGGUCAAAAUUUAAAAUUUGGUUCAUCACAUCAUAAGAAAAAUAGAUUAAAUUAAUGAAAAUAUGAGCUUAGAUUAGGGGUAGAUCUUAAAAGUAGAUUUUUAUUUUACUCAUGGGAAUUUCUGUCAAGUGCUAAAGGUACAUAUUCAGUAGGAAAAGAAAUCAAAUAUGCUUAUGCAAUAUUAUAUUUGUAUGUAUCUUCAUGAUGUUCUAUGGUAUAUAUAAGCCUUGUUUUCUGUUAUCUGCUAAGUUGUACCUUAAUUAGAGGUUAGUAUAUGUUUCAUAAAGAAGAAUCUUUAUAAUUUUGUUUGUCAUAUAGUAUUUUGGAAUUUGUAUAAUGAGGAUGUUUAGAAGCCAUUUCAAUGGCUUUUUUUUUAACAGAUAGAAUUUGUAUUUUUAUUGUACUUUAAAAAGCUUUAUGUAAUAGGUAUAUAUUUAGCAGCCAUUUAUUAUCAAUGGUAACACAAUAGAGUACUAAGAUGGUAUUUGCACACUUAAGACAUGUUACUUUACCAAUUUUUAAUGGUAAUCAGUUCUGCUACUGGCAUGACUAAAUAGUACAUAAUUGGUCAUUAAUUAUGAACAUUUAUUUCACCAGUGCAUUUUUAUGAAGAUCCAGUUGAAAAUUGUAUUUCUAUGUAAACUCAACGAUAUGUUUGAUUUUGCUGAGAAUAAAUAAUUUUAAAUAAAUAAA